AUGAGUCACACCCACACGGCCCUGGCCUGAGUCGACCUGUAGGCUGUCCCACACAAACGCCACUGCCACUGCCACAACGCUCUUCAACGUUGUCUUAUCAGAUUUUAAAAGAUUUGACCGUUGACCACCACACGUCACCAUGCCUGACACUGCUCUCCGGUCCUUCGACAUCACCUUCGAAAACAACAUGGACGUGUUCCAAGCCGGCCAGAUCGUCAAGGGACAGGUGGAGCUGGAGCUAGAUCAGGAUAUGAAGAUGAGAUUGGUAGAAGCUGGUAUCCAAGUCAUACUGAAAGGCGAGGCGUGGUGCAAAUGGAAUGAGAACGUGUCCAGGAAUGAGUCAGUUACCUUCUUCUCCAGGGAACACUACUUCCAGGAUGCCAAAAUCCUCUGGGCUCCAAGUCAGGAAAAGAACAACUACAACCCUGUGCUGCCGGCGGGCAAAUACAGCUUCCCGUUCCAGUACCAGCUCCCCAGCUCAGGGCUGCCCACCUCGUUUGAAAGUGAAUACGGACGCGUGCGCUACUCUGUCGAGGCGAUCAUCGACCAGCCCCGAGGGAAACCCGACAAGAAAUUCAAGAGAGUUUUCACCGUGCUUGACAUGUAUGAUCUCAACGAGGACCCCAAUGCAAUGACACCAUCGACUGCAAAAGGCUCUAAGACGAUUGGGAUGUUGAUGUUUACCUCCGACCCCAUCGAAGUAGACGUCAAAACGGACCGAGGCGCCUACUGUCCGGGAGAGGUCGUCAGGCUGAGCGGGACCAUAACUAACGGCAGUGGAACAGACAUCCGGCACACAACAGUGCAACUCAUACAGAUGGCUACGUGUGUUGGUUCCGGUCAGAGGAUGUGUUUCGAGAAUCAGACAAGAACGAAGUACGAGAGCAAAACGUUGAGCGAAGUGAAGACGAUGGCAGGUUGCAAAGCCAAAAGCAGUGCCGAUCUGAGUGGUGCCGGGAUAGCUCUUCCCAUCCCUGCCGUUCCUCCCUCUGUGAAACGGUACUGCGGCAUCGUUGGUGUUGAGUACAUGAUUAAGUUUAUCGUGAACAUCCCGGGACUGCACAAGAACCUAGAGGUGGAGCUGCCAAUCACCAUCGGCGUCAUCCCCCUCAGGACUUAUUACCCACAAUCCCCUUCUUUCCCCCAACAUCCGGUGGACCAACCGCCACAGUACGCAGAGGGACCCCCUCCACCUUACUAUGCGGUCGCGACACCUGCUAAGAUCGAAAAGGACCAGGCAGACAGAGGAGCUGAGUGCCUGGGCCCCAAGGAGUAUGUCCCCAAGUACGCCUACUACGACUGGAAUGGGAAGCAACCUUAGUUGGCCCAAACGAAAUUUGGAAUCAUUCUGUGCCUUCCUGUUAUAGGAAUUCUAAACUUCACUAUUCUAAACUACUCUUCCUGGAGUCGUACACAUAAAAUAAAAUAUAAAUGAAAUACAUGAAAAUUAAAAAUAUCUUAACAACAAAUGCGGAAAUUUAGUGUAAAAUGAUAAGCAGAGGUCAGAGGUCAAAAUAAAGAAACCGAAGUGAUCAUACAUUACAAAAGUGAAUAGCAGAAGAACUUAACUUAAUUGAAUAAACACACAUCUAACCAAAAGUAAAUUAUUAUAAUAACACAACAUGAAUAUCAGGAUAAAGGUCAACAUCAACAUAAAGUUCAGGACAUAUGGCCACUAUAUACAGAUCCCAGUUUUCUACCAAUCAUAUUAAAGGACUGCAUGGCAUAAGGGACCACAUUGUGAUCAUAGGUACCUUUUACUAACUUAGUGCCAAAAAAGUCUGCUGGUGAUCUUUAUGACUAUCUUACGAAGUUACUUAGCUAAGACUGCAUAGAUAGGUUCAAUGCCAUUCUUGCAAACUUAUCUUGCAAGCUCCAAUUUGUAACACUAGUUCACCUUUAUCCGCGGGGUGACCUUUAUCCGCUGUCUUUAAAAACAGCACAUUUAGGAGUAUUAAGUCUGCGGACUGUGGUUCCAAAUUUGCAAUAUUUUCAAUCUGUUCCGAUUUGAAACCAGCGUCCGUCGACUUCAUAUCCCUAAAUCCCUAAACAACGGAUAUAGGUCACCCUCGGAUUAAGGUGAACCAGCGUUAUAUCAUAUGUGUUCUUAUACGUGUAAUCAAUCAUGCAAUAUUACUCUAGAAAAGGUCUAGAUCUUUUAAUCACUUUAUGUGUGUAUAUAAAUAUGGCUUGUAUGAUAUUAAUUUAUGCCCAC